UAUAGUAAUAAAAUUAUAAAAAGAAUUGAUAUUAUGAAAAUGUAUAUCUAAACAAAUCUAACAAAAUCCUGCAUAAAAAUAUUUUUUUAAAAAAAAAUAAAUAAAUAAAAAUAAAUCACAAAAGACAGUCAAAGAAUGAAAUGUGUGCAAUCAGAGUAAAAUUCCAAAUGUAGAGAUUAAAAAAGAAUGGAAAAAAUAUAUUUAGACUCAACAUUUUCAAUUAAUCAUUCUAACAAGUUAAAUGGGCAUGAGUAGCAGCGGCUAUAUAAGCUAAUGCUACAUGCAUGUCCAUAAACUAAACUAAACCUUCCUCUCCCUCCCAACAAACAAAUAAACACCAAAAUCGAAAAUAAAAUGCCAAUUCCAAAAGAAGAUACCAAGAAAAAUUUAGUCUUUGACGUAAGAGUAGCAACAGUAGUGCCUGGAAAAAUUACAGGUGAAAACAAAACAUAUGAGUUAAAAGGCAUAGAUUUGGCAAUGAAAUUGCAUUAUCUUAAGGGCCUUUAUUUCUUCAAUAACACCAACAUUACUAAUAGUACUAGUAACAAUGGUACAAAGAACAAUGGUACUACUAAUAAUUUAUGGAGUGUUAGUGAAAUGAAGAGUGUGCCUAUGUAUGAUUGGCUAAUCUCUUACUUUGUGGCUUGUGGGAGGAUCCGGGCCUCUUCCGAUGAGACCGGUGACCGGCCAUCGAUUAAGCUCAAUGAUGCCGGUAUAAGGGUUGUCGAGGCUCAGUCGAGCAAGACUGUCGACGAGUGGCUUGCUAUGGAGGACUUCUUGUCGAUGCAAGAUCAAUUAAUCUAUAAUCAUGCUCUUGGUCCUGACUUGCCCUUUUCUCCUCUUGUUUGUCUUCAGGUGACAUGGUUCAAGUGUGGAGGAAUUUCUAUGGGCCUAAGUUGGGCUCAUAUACUUGGUGAUGCAUUCUCAGCUACAGAAUUUAUGAACAUGUGGACCCAAUAUAUGCAAGGUCACCAUCAAAAACCCAAAACUCUUGCCAUUCAACAUCCUUCACAGCCCAAUUACAAGCCUUUGAGCCCAUCUCAAGAGCCCACUUCAGUAAAACGGGUCAACCCAGUGGGUGACCAUUGGGUUAACCCAACCAAUUGUAAGAUAGGUACCCACACUUUUCAUCUUACUCCACAACAACUAGAUCAAUUGCAUUUGAAGGUGCAUGGUUCCAAAAUGAAAGAUAAAGAUUCAAGCCAAUUUUUUGAGGUAAUUACAGCUAUUAUAUGGAAGUCCAUAGCAAAAAUUAGGAAUGACUUGGAGACCAAAAAUGUGACUAUAUGUAGACCAAAAACAAUCAAGCAGGAACAUGGGAUGCCCUAUAAUGGACAAGUGCUAGGCACAAUCGAGGCCACGUUUUCAGUGUCGAGUGCUGAUCCUUCGACACUGGUACAUUUGGUUGCUGAAAAUUAUGUUGAUGAGAGCAACAUGGUUGAAGAAUUGGUGAACCAUGAUAUGAGUAAAUUUGACUAUAUUGUUUAUGGGACAAACCUUACAUUUGUUGACAUGACACAAGUUGAUAUUUAUGGCUUUCAAAUAAAAAGAAAUCGUCCAACAUUUGCUAGUUAUACUCUUGAUGGAGUUGGGGAUAAAGGAUCGAUUUUGGUACUUCCAGGCACAAAAGAUGGUAAACUUCUUGUGCUACAUAUAGAUGAAAAUGAAAUUGAAUUCUUGAAACACGAGUUAAACAAAGAAUGGUGCAUUGCAUAAUUAUAAUUUACAUUUAAGGUUUU